AUAUCUGUUACUAGAUGAUCAGCUGACAAGUUUAGCAUCGGCAGAUCCCCGCUAACCUUCAGCACUAUCGGCUGAUGACACAGGGAUUGUUUGGAUUCAGCCCUCCGCCUUGUCCUCAGGGCUCUCCCUCUCUCGCUGCGCUCAUCCCACCAACACGGGGGAUAAACUGGACAAACAGCGUGCGUCGUUGUGCUUGGUUUUUCCACUCGGAGCCGUUGGAUGCAGCUCACGUAAAGCAGCGUUGGGCUGAAGAAGAGGGAGACGACAGGGACAUUUGGGAGAAGAGGAGGAAGAGGGAGCCAUGAGUGUGCAAAAGGAGGACGUGGAAAAGUUCCUCAAUGGGAAUCCUGCGUUUGCGAAACAGUACUUUGCCAAGAAGAUGAGCCCAGCCUCCAUUUCGAAGGCGUCGGGACUCGCAGAGAAACAGAUCGACUUCAGCCAGCUCCAGGAGCUCAGUCAGGUCGAGGAAAGCCAAAUAAUGUACGAACUAAUCAAAGACAUGCAGGAGAACAUCAACGUGGAAAAAGUGGUCUUCAAGAUCCUGAAGAGAAUCAGCAUGCUCAUCAAUGCCGACCGGUGCAGUUUGUUCAUGUACCGGCAGCGGAACGGCAUUGGGGAGCUCGCCACCAGGCUCUUCAACGUCAACGCAACGGCAGAGCUGGAGGACUGUGUGGUGCCGCCGGACUCCGAGAUCGUCUAUCCACUGGACAUGGGAAUAGUCGGCAACGUGGCCCAGACCAAGAAGAAUGUUAACGUGAAAAAUGUCAAAGAGAACCAGCACUUCAGCUCGUUUGUCGACGAGCUCACAGAAUACGAGACCAGGAACAUUCUGGCCACACCCAUCCUCAACGGUAAAGACAUGGUGGCUGUGAUCAUGGCUCUGAACAAAACCAACGGACCACAUUUCACUGCCGAGGACGAAGACCUUUUUUUAAAGUAUCUGAAAGUCGCCUCUUUGAACUUGAAGAUCUACCAUCUGAGUUACCUGCACAACUGCGAGACACGUAAAGGACAGCUGCUGCUCUGGUCGGCCAACAAGGUGUUUGAGGAGCUCACAGACAUUACGCAAAUUGUGUGCAUAUAUGUAUUUAAAACCAUGAAGUCACUCUUUCCUCUGCACUUUUCUGUGCGUGUCUCUUCCCAGGAGUUCUUUGACAUCUGGCCUGUGUUGAUGGGCGAGCAGCCACCGUACUCUGGUCCCAUAACUCCAGAUGGCAGGGAAGUAAUUUUCUACAAAGUGAUUGAUUAUAUAUUACACGGAAAAGAAGACAUCAAAGUAAUACCGAGCCCACCUGCAGAUCACUGGGCCUUGUCUAGCGGGCUGCCAACCUAUGUUGCUGAGAGCGGAUUUAUUUGUAACAUUAUGAACGCAGCCGCUGAUGAGACGUUUCAGUUUCAGACUGAGCCUCUUGACAGCAGUGGCUGGACCAUAAAAAAUGUUCUCUCGCUGCCAAUUGUCAACAAAAAAGAAGAGAUAGUGGGUGUGGCCACUUUUUACAACAGAAAAGAUGGAAAGCCUUUUGAUGAUCAGGAUGAGCAGCUCAUGGAGGCUUUGACCCAGUUCCUGGGCUGGUCGGUGUUGAACACGGACACUUACGACAAAAUGAACAAGCUGGAGAACCGGAAAGAAAUCGCUCAGGACAUGGUGCUGUACCAUGUCAAAUGUCGGGAUGACGAGAUUCAGAAUGUCCUGAACACCCGAGAGGUCUACAGCCGUGAACCUGCAGCGUGUGAAGAGGAUGAGCUUCUUGCCAUUCUGAAAAAAGAACUACCUCCGAUGAUUAACAAGUUCGAGGUCUACCAGUUCCACUUCUCGGAUUUUAACUGCACAGAGAUGGAGCUGGUGAAGUGCGCGAUCCAGAUGUACUAUGAGGUCGGGGUGGUCAAGAAGUUCCAGGUCCCUCAAGAGGUGCUGGUUCGGUUCCUGUACUCUGUCAGUAAAGGCUACAGACGAAUCACCUACCACAACUGGCGUCACGGCUUCAACGUUGGACAGACCAUGUUUACGCUAUUAACGACGGGGAUGCUGAAGCGAUACUACACUGACCUGGAGGUGAUGGCCAUGAUAACCGCAGGCUUCCUGCAUGAUAUCGAUCACAGAGGGACAAACAACUUGUACCAAGUCAAAUCUGGGAACCCUAUGGCCAAGCUCCAUGGCUCCUCCAUCCUGGAACGGCACCAUCUAGAGUUUGGAAAGUUCCUUUUGAAUGAUGACUCACUGAACAUCUACCAGAACCUCCACAGGCGACAGGUGGACCAUGUCAUUCAUCUCAUGGACAUCGCCAUCAUCGCCACGGACCUGGCUCUUUAUUUCAAGAAAAGAACCAUGUUCCAGAAGAUCGUGGACCUUUCCCACACGUAUGAGGACGAGAAGAAGUGGGUCGACUUCAUGUCUCUAGAAACGACCAGGAAAGAGAUCCUCAUGGCCAUGAUGAUGACCGCAUGUGACUUGUCCGCCAUCACGAAGCCUUGGGAGGUACAGAGCAAGGUUGCCUUGUCUGUAGCAGCAGAGUUUUGGGAGCAGGGUGAUCUGGAGAGGACAGUACUAGAACAACAACCCAUUCCCAUGAUGGACAGGAACAAGUCAGCCGAUCUUCCAAAACUACAAUGUGGUUUCAUUGACUUUGUCUGCACGUUUGUCUACAAGGAGUUCUCUCGCUUCCACCCACAAAUCCAGCCCAUGCUGGACGGCAUCCUCAACAACAGGAAGGAGUGGAACGCUAGGAAAGAGGAGUAUGAAGCCAAACUCAAAGUUAUAGAGGAAGAGAAGGCUGCUCGAGAGGCGGCUGCACCCAGUAAAGCUCCUGCAAACAACCCCGGUGGUGGAGGCUCCAAGACCUGCUCCGUGUGCUAGAAGGUCAAAGAAAAAUGGAAGAAACUGUGCACAUGGGCAGCUCCUGACAGACGGACUUUAGCUUCACCUUCAAUCUGUCUCAGCUCCAGCAAACAAAUGCAAAGAGUCAGCAAGACUUGAGUGAGUGUAAAAGCCCAAUAAUAUUUAUUCAGAAAAACUGCUUCUGAUCAGAAAUGACAAAGCUGAACAAGGAGAGAAUCCUCACCAGGAAGAGCAGUGUUUUAUUUUGAAGGGAAAGUAAGCAAAUGAGCCACAAACAUAACUUCAAAUUGAAAUGUGAAUCAAGAGUUGAGGUGGAUUUUGAAUCUCAGGUUUUCCCUCAUACCGUUUCCUGAUGUUUGAGGAUAAAGUAGAAGUUAUGUAAACGUGAACCUUCCAGUCCAAGUCACUGUAGACUGUUUAUCCUGUUGGUUUCUAGCAGACUGUACAUUAAUGUAAUGUUCAUUAGGUUUCGAUUUUUCAGAAUCUUAAUCCAGAUCCUGGGUAGAUAGAACUGUUAUUAAACUACUGUACAUAUAUUCCAAAAUGAUGAGGUCACGUUCACUCCUUCCAGUCACCUAUCAUUUACAAAAUGAGAGUUUGUUUACCUUGAUCGCAGAGAGCCAAAGGUAGAGGGGGAGCUCAGGGCUGCUCAGCUUUUCUUUGCUUCAUAAAAAUGUCAUAGACGUUUAACUUUACCGUCAGCAAACAAGCCUGUAGCUGCUUUCUCAUGAUGCCUUCUUACUGUACAUACAUCUGAAAGGGUAGCUGUUAUUUCAUUUUAUGAAUAUAGAUAGUUACGAAUGUCUUGCAGCAUUUUGAAACCCAGACUCGUUGCUGGGGUCAGAUAAGAUUUACUUUAUUAUGGACGACAUAAUGAGUAAAAUUUUUUGAGCAGCAGCAGGAGCAACAAUCUUUCUCCACCUGCUACUAAAAGUAGAAAAUAAAUAAUAAAAUGUACCUUUCUUGAAAAGGAGCAGGAGUCAGUUACAGUUAACAACCUGAGGACUCACUCCAGAUCUGCAGCCAUUGUUUCACAAUAUGCAACAAUGGCUUUUUUUUCCAUGUGAAGGGGGAAUGAAAAGAAAAAUAUGGAUCUAAUUCAAACUCCAAACAUAAAAGAUCUGAACCGUGAUCUGUUUUGAGGCAUGGUUCUGAACAACCAGCCCAUCGUGUAUCGGUCUCUGCAGAGGCUCCAGGGGAACGCAGCUGUUUGAAACAGCACAAGGGAGCCUCUGAACUUCUUGUAAAAACUUGUACAUAAUCUUUCCCUCCCUGUAAAUACAGAAAAAAUAUUUUUUUAGUUGAUAUAUAGAUGCUUAUUUUUUUAAAUUAGGAUGUUAGUGAUAUUAACAGGCACUGGUAAAUUAGUCAUCUAGUAAUUUUGUUGUCUCCUUAUUUAUUAUCAACAUAUGAAAAUGGGUUUAUCAGAGAUGACCAACUUGUAUUAGGAAAUACAGUCAGUAAUUAUUAACAUGUUGUGGAUAUACCCUUAACAUUUUUAAAUAGUCUAUUUACCUUUUGGUCAGUAUAUUCAAGCUUGUCUCUUUAUGUGAUCCAUGUGUACAAUGAAGAUCCAAAUAAAGCAAAAUGUAUUUUUA